AUGAAGAAGAGACUUGAACUCUGGCAGGCUGCUCUCAGCACGCUCAACCCCAACCCCACCGACAGCUGUCCCCUGUACCUCAACUGUGCCACCGUGGCCGCCCUGCCCUCCAGGGUGAGUCGGCACAACAGCCCCUCGGCCGCACACUUCGUCACCAGGCUGGUACGGACCUGCCUGCCCCCGGGGACCCAUCGGCGCAUUCUGAUGGUGUGUGAGAGGUCUGAUGUCUUUGCCUCGGCCUGCGCCCUGGCCCGGGCCUUCCCGCUGUUCACCCACCGCUCGGGUGCCGCCCGGCGCACGGAGAAGAAGACCGUCACGGUGGAGUUCUUCCUGGUGGGACAAGACAACGGGCCCGUGGAGGUGUCCACUCUGCAAUGCCUAGUAAACGCCACGGAAGGUGUGCGGCUGGCAGCCCGGAUCGUGGACACGCCCUGCAAUGAGAUGAACACAGACACUUUCCUUGAGGAGAUUAAGAAAGUUGGGAAAGACCUGGGGAUCACACCAGCCAUCAUCCGGGAUGAGGAGCUGAAGACGAGAGGAUUUGGAGGUGACAUGGGGGGGCUUGCAGCAGGCGAGUGGCAGGUGGACCCUCCUACCACCAUGCCAGGGAUGAAGCGGGACUGCGGCGGGGCCGCAGCCAUUCUGGGAGCCUUCCGAGCCGCCGUCAAACAGGGUUUCAAAGACACCCUCCACGCCGUGUUUUGCUUGGCUGAGAACGCAGUAGGGCCCAGUGCGACAAGGCCGGAUGACAUCCACCUGCUGUACUCAGGAAACCUAGGCGGGUUCUACCCUCUCAUCCGUCCGUCCAUCUGUCCGGAGUCCCUCUCUUCCCUGGAGCUGCAGGCUGAGCUCAUCGGAAACUUUGUGUGGUGGGUCACAUUGCCCGUGGCCCAGCCUCCGGCCAGCUGUGGUCCCCCCGACCUCUGGUCUCGUCAUCCUUGGGAACAGUGUCUGCUGUGUGCGGCCUUCCACAGCGGGAGGCCCAGGGCCAAGGAGACCUGGGGAGAGCGGGCCACGGGCUUCGGCGUGGCCCUGCUGCUGGCGCUCUUCGGCCGGGCCUCCGAGGACCCCCUGCUGAACCUGGUGUCCCCGCUGGGCUGUGAGGCCGACACGCAGGCCGAGGACAUGGAGCGUGAUUCCAAGCGGCGCAGACUCGUGUGACGGCUGGUCCCGAGGCCCCCUGGCCCGCGGCCCCGGCUCUUUACCUCACUUUGCACUGAUUAAAUUUAAGCAAUUAAAGAUUAUACCUUCAGAUGGGUUUUGGUGUGCUUUUUGUCUUUAACUGUCGUGAUGAUAGAAAUGGCUCCGUCUUAGGAGACAGGUUUCGGCUUGGCAGGGGCU